AUGAAUGGCGGCGCCGUGGAGAGCUUCUUCAUCAGUGAAGACACACCUGUCGGAAGCGUCAUAGGCACAUUAAGUGUGAACGGUGAUCCAAGUGAGUCGGGCGACAUAACCCUGCGACUGCAAGAGGUGGGCGCGGCGGUCGGCAUCGCAGCCGGUACCAGGAACUUGACGCUGCUGCGGCCGCUCGACCGCGAGGAGGCGCGCGGGCCCUCCAAUGUUUACGUCAACGUGCGCUGCGAUAGAAGACGUACCACCGACCCGAGUUUCAUAAUCCCGGUGUCGGUGCGCGUGUGGGACGUGAACGACAACGCGCCGGCGUGGGCGGGCGCGCCCUACGCGCUGCGCGUGUCCGAGCUCACGGCCGUGGGCGCCCGCGUGCUGCAGCCCCGCGCCACCGACGCCGACCAGCCCGGCCCGCACGCCACCGUACACUACUCCGUGCUGCCCGCCGCCCACAGCGUGAGUCUAACCAUCCCCCGCCCGCACGCCACCGUACACUACUCCGUGCUGCCCGCCGCCCACAGCGUGAGUCUAACCGUCCCCCGCCCGCACGCCACCGUACACUACUCCGUGCUGCCCGCCGCCCACAGCGAAUAUCUCGGCUUCUUGAAUGAGCUAGAUAGCGUGUUAGUGGUGAAGAAACCUCUAGAUUACGAGACAUUGAAGAACUUCACGAUAACAUUGCGCGCACAAGACCAGGGCACCCCGCCGCUCCACAACGACACGACGCUCGAGGUGGAGGUCCUGGAUGCAGACGACCAGAAUCCCAAAUUCUCACACGAGCACUACUCUGCGAUCAUACCAGAUGAUGCUGAGCCAGGCACGAUCCUCGAGACUUCCCCGGGCCCGAUCAGCGCGGUGGACCAGGACACGGGCAUCGACGCGCCGCUGCAGUACUCCGCUACCGGCGACCACCGCCAUCUGCUGGCGCUCGACCGCGACACCGGCGCCCUCGCCCUCACCGCCGCCCUGCUGCGGCACCGGGACCCGCUCACCGUCGUCAUCAAGGCAACUCAAGUAGACAACCCGGACCGCUACGCGCUGGCGACGCUGUCGCUGAGCCGGGCGGCGCGGGCGGCGCCGGCGCGGGCGGUGCGCUUCACGCGGCGGCAGUACGACGCCGCCGUGCCCGAGGACGCCGCGCCCGCCGCGCGCCUGCUCACGCUGCACACGGAGCCGCCCGCCACGCCCACGGUCGGUAUACACGCCGACACGCCACCACGCCGCACUCGUAUCUAUACUUCGUCGCUGCAGUUCUACGUGUCAGACCGCAGCUUCUUAGAGAAGUUCGCUAUCGACAGCGCGGGGGAGGUCCUGCUGCGGCGCCCGCUCGACUACGAGACUACCGACUCGUACCACUACCAAGUCAUGGUCACCGAUGGAGAUUCGAACGACACGGCGUCCAUCAACAUCACCGUGCUGAACGUGAACGAGUGGGAGCCGCGGUUCCGCUACCCGCAGUACGAGUUCCACGUGGACGGCGACCCGCGCGCCGCCGCGCGGCUGCUGCCCGCCGGCCGCCUCGACGUCUACGACGGCGACAAGCCCGACACCGUCGCGCUCACGCUGCGCGGCCCGGACGCCAACAUGUUGGAGGUGAACGAGUUGGGCGAGGUGUUCCUGCGCGGGGAGAUGCUGCCCGCCCUCAACUCCUCCACGCUCCACGCGCUCGCCACCGCGCGGGACUCCGGCCAUCCGCCCAGACAGUGUGACAACGAGCAAAGAGAGGAAGAUCGUGUUGAAUUAACCGCGAGCAAAUCAGAAUCGACUUAA